AUGCAGCAUGCCGAUCUGGGUUUGCGGAGGUUGAAUCCGAGAAGCCUUUGCCUCUUUUGGGUUUCUGGCAUCAACCAUAAAGAUGCCCCUGCCGACGCCACACUGCCUCCAACUCAGCCAACUCGCACCCCGCCACCCCAUCACGUCAGCUCUUUGACAGGCUUCAACUCUUCUGACCAUGAACACACUAAUGUGGACGCCAUGGAACUUAACACGAGCAGUGCUUCUCCAAGUCAUAGAAAGACGUCGGUAAGAAUCGCCAUGGCCCCAAUUCUUCACAUUUUGAUUACGUCUUUGGAGAACAAGACUGACAACAAACAAGACAUGGCUCCAACAGAGACGUUGAAGAACCUCGUCAAUAACCACGUUCUUCAGGCUUGGAGAACAGACUAUUCUUCACGCAUAACACAACUUUCAACGAGGCAUCCUGCCUUCGCGCCGAGAAAUGUACCUAUGAAAGCCAUCAAAGAAGGAUUCUCAGAUGACCGGCCCCUGGAGAAUCCAAUGCGGAAGUGGCAGCAGCACUAUCUACCAUGGAUGUCUGACUGGGUGCUGAUUUAG